CAGCAGCAGCAGCAGCAACUACUAUUACACCAGCAGCAAAGACUCACUGACACUUCUAACAUCAUCACCAACAUGAGUGGCCUUCAACUUCUGCCCACGAAGACACCAACUGGAGAAAUUGCCUUUGUCGUCCCGGCCAGCGUCAUCAACGCAGGAACUUACGUCAUUCCAGUCCUUGCCCCGCCCACUGUCAAUCAAGCACCAACCUUUCAUGAAGCACACGAUUUCAACACGCCCACUUCUCUCCACUCAGCGUUUCCUUUACCGAACAUUUCGCAUAAUCUUUCAGCUCAACAACGACCGGCCAUUAGUCUUCCUGUUACAGCAGUAGCAGCUGCAGCAGCACCAACAGCACCAACAGCAUCAACAACAACAACUGCAGCAGCAGGCACUAGCCAACUCAGUAAUUCUACCGUUCAGAUAGAACGAACUGAACCCCAUGCCCCAUUCAGUGGGCACACUACUCUACAGACCAAACCUCUGAAUCUUUCCGCUCCGAUCCCGCAGACACCUACCACAAUGCUCCCUCUUUCCACAGUAAUCGCUCAAAAUCAGGUAUCUAUACCUAGCGUCCUAACACUCCCACAAGAAACAGUGACGACGUCACGAGUCGUUGUGCCGCCAUUGGUAUCUGUAACCAGCCAAUCAGAAUGGACUCCUAGCAAAACUCCGGCUUUACAUCACGAUCGGGAUCUUUCGCCAAGUUUUCGUGAGGUUCCGUACCCUACUUCGACAAUGCACGUCCCGGCUAGUGCGAGUUGUGCCGAGAGAGACAGUUCACCGAUGCUUACCGAACCUCAGAACUUUAGUCUCCGGGAUAAUAGCAUUAUGUCCAGACAGCAGACUCCUCCCAGAAAGCGAGAAGCUGUAGAGGGAGAAGAGAAGGGAGUGAGCUUUGGCGCUAAGUCCAGGGCUAGAGAUGGCAAGCGCUCCUUUUUCAGGCCCUGGUGAUAAUUUGUUACUAAUGAGUAGUGAUUAUUACCCCCCCCCCUCCUCU